AUGACCCUACCUGGCGUGGCGACUUCGACUUACUUGACCAAUCCUCCCAACGUUCCACCAACUUCAGUCGCCCAUAUGGCAGGAAUAAGUCAGCCCCCGGCGGCUACCAGCCAAAGACCUUACCUAGCGGCGGAAAUGGGUAUGAUGCAAGAGGCAUUGAAAAUUUCAGCUUUGAAGACUGCGGAAACUAUUCGUUAUAUGGCUACGGUUCGGCGAGUUGGUCGCGCAUCUCAUGUCAAGGGACCGCCACCGGCGGUAGCGAACGAGCUACGUGCUCAAUUAGCUCGCUACGAUCAGCUUUGUGACAUUGUCGAGGCUCGACUCAUUCGGGCUCAUGCGGCAUUGUCUGCCCGACUCGCACGCGAGCGCGUCGCGAAUCCACAGCUAGAGACUCAACAACCGAUCCAAAUUGACUCUCCGAUGUCCGACGACGUUCCUCUGUCCAUUUCAACCAAUCUUCCAGCUUCGAAUCCCAAAGCAAAAUACACCCCCGCUCCAAAAUCAAGAACAUUGGCUUCUCUCGCGACCCAGCGUACGCUGAACUCGGCGCCCGACUCGGCGCAUAGUAUUUCGCCUGUUACCCUCGCUUCCAACGCUGCUCUACCUUCGGCACAGGAUAACCUGUUAUCUCAUCAUGCAGUCAUGCCAGGGCUCCUGGAAGCGCUAAGAAAACAAGAGCAAGAGCAGGCGAGAAGCGCAUUACACCGGCCACCGGGACAAGACGCAUCGGUGAUAGAUAUACCUAUUAUGGAAGAGCUUUUCAUGGCCGAUGCGAACCCAAGCGGAGUCGAUCUAGGCAUUGAAUCCGCAGUCUCGGUGAUCGACUCUUCAGUAAACGGAAUUGGCCAUGACAUGAACUCGGCCGUCGCGGAACUCGACUCGGCGGUGGCGGACCUAGCCGCGGCCGGAGACGAAUCGCUAUUUGCCGACCUGCAUGCCAAUCCCAGUGGGGACAAUCCCCAGCCGUUUGCGAGUGACGGCUUGCAGUCCCGCGGGUUUCCCGGCGGGGAUCCUUUCACGACCGGGAAUAUACCGGCGGACGAGUUUCCGAGCGUUUCAGGCACUGUGGAAGAUAGCAAGGGUGAUUUAUUGGCAGGUCUUGAUGGGGCUGGGUCUGGCGACAUGGACUUGGAAAUGAAUAUGGACCUGAUGGAAAUGGGUGGAUUGGGUAUUGCUGCGAAUGAAAUGGGGCACACAGACGAAAACACUGGGCAGAAUGGUCAGGAUGGAUUGGGUGAAGCUGGGAUGGGACUGGACGAAAGCGUGGGUCUCGACAUCCCCGGCGCUGACCUCAACAUUGGGGACAUGGAUAUGGGCAACGAUGAUAUAGUAGCGAUGUGGAGCAAUAUGGAUGGGCUCUUUGGUAACAUGGGUACAGAUAUCGGCGAUGGGAUCCAAAUCAAAACAGAGGAAGACUAA